AUAUUUGCAACGAAACAUGUAUUUUACAAAAUUGAAUUCAAUUUUUAAAUUUCAAUUUGUUUCAUUAUGUAGUAUUCUAAAUCCAAUUUUCCCUGAGCAGUUUGGUUUAUAUUCAUUUUGAUGUCGGCUUACAUAUAUUUGUAAGAGAAAUUUGGCCACUUGCACUAAUUAAUUUUAGUGGGAAACCAACCUUUUAACGUAAAAUUCUCAAACUAGGCCCUGUCUAAAAAAUUAAAAAUAAAAUAAAAUUGUUUAAUUAAGAGCUUGUGUCCGCCACACUCCACUAGGAAAAAGUAAAUCCAUUUGAUCAUUAUCCACGCAAAACACAGUAUUUUCCCCAAAUUAAUUAUUACAUAAAUGUCCAAUUAUGUGCAAUAUUACAUAAUUUUAUCUUAGUGGAAAAUAACCACUAAGACAAAUAUACAAAAGUACCUCAACCUCCUUCUAUAUAAAGCUUAGUUCAAAGAGUAUGUUUUCACAACACUAGAGCUAUCACCUUCAUUCUAAGCCAAAAUUCUCUCCUACUUUCUUAAACUUCCUUCCAAAAUCAACCCUUUUCGAGUUUUUUCCCACAUGGAAUCCAAACAAACCGUACGCCCCAACACCAUCAAGCUCGAAACAAUUCGAGGAAACCACCACAUGGGUGAUGAAGAGAGCCAACACCAACAAGAUGUGGAGAAAGAAGAGGACUUGUUUGACUACACGACACGGGCUCAAUGGCUAAGAGCCGCGGUUUUAGGAGCCAAUGACGGGCUUGUUUCCACCGCAUCACUCAUGAUGGGAGUUGGUGCGGUGAAACAAGAUGUCAAAACCAUGAUUCUCAUUGGUUUUGCUGGCCUAGUCGCCGGGGCUUGUAGCAUGGCCAUAGGUGAAUUCUUGUCCGUGUACUCUCAACUCGAUACCGAGGUUGCUCAAAGAAAAAGAGAUAACAUAAGAGAUGAUCAAAAGGAGGAAAGAGAUGAGGAGGGGUUGCCAAACCCUCUACAAGCGGCAUUAGCCUCGGCCUUGGCAUUCUCGGUGGGGGCUAUGGUCCCGCUUUUGUCGGCCUCCUUUAUACAAGAGUAUAAGGUGAGGGUUGGUGUGGUGGUGGCGGCAGUGACAAUGGCAUUGGCCGUGUUCGGCUGGUUAGGGGCGUUCCUAGGAGGAGCACCGGUUGUAAGGGCUUCUAUUAGGGUUUUAUUGGGCGGUUGGCUUGCUAUGGCUAUUACUUUUGGUUUAACAAGGUGGAUGGGGACAUAUGGCCUCUAAUUAAGUUGAUAAUAAUGUUAUAUAAAAAUUAAGGUUUUUGUUUUUUUUUUGUUUUUUUUUUUGUUUUUUUUGGGGAGGUGGUGUUGUAACAAAUUAAAAUUAGGCUACUUCAUCACGUGUUGUACUUACCUUUGUAAGCACCUAAUUAAUGCUUAGCUUGAUAAAUGGGUAUUUGUGGAAAAUUAAAUGAGUAAAAAGUUUAUUUUUGUUAA